CGCGGCGGGUCGGGGCUCGGUGUCCUUGUGCGGAAAUGACACACGGUCCCGUCACGUCACGCGAGAGCGCAGCGCGCGGACCCUCGCACACAAAGAGCGGGGGGGAAGCGCGGGCUCCAGCGGCGGCCGCUCCAGCCGCCCCCGCCGCCCCGGGGCUCCCGUGGCCCCGCGCGGAGCAGAGUGAGAUAGAAGAUGAAUUCAGCUGAAAUCACUGAUGAUGAUGAAGUAAAAAUUCCUAAAAAAAAUGUGAAAGUAGAAACAGAAAAUGAAGAUGAAGCUCUGGACUGCUCAGUAACCUCCAGAUCAGCUGAGAAACACUCACUGGAUGGUGCGGUGACUUGCCUACAGGAUUCCAGCAAACGGAAACAGAGCUCCCUUGGCUGUGAUGGGUCAGGAGGCCAGCAGGAUGCCUUACCCAGCGUGAAGAAGAGACGCUUUACACAAGAGGGCUCCCUUUCAAACAUGAGGAACAGAGACGCUGGCUCACCCACAAAUGCAGAGCAGCCAGGCAAGAACAAGAAUUCUAAUGUAGCAUGGCUCUGUGAAGAAGAAUCUUUCAGUGACAUAAUCACUCCAUCUUAUAAGAAACCUCUCUAUGGCAUCUCACACAAAAUCACAGAGAAGAAGAACCCACCAGGAGCAGAGCAGUUUGCUUCUUACGAGUUGUUUGAAAAAAUCAACCCCAGCAGUCCCUCACAAAUUCGGACUUUGAACGAUCAACGCAAAAGAGACUCAGCCAUUGCAGUAGCGGCAGCAUCAGCAGAUUCAGAACCAAAUAUAUAUUCUUUGAUACAGAAAAUGUUUUACACGCUGAACACCCUCAACACCAAUAUGACUCAGCUUCACAGUAAAGUUGACCUGUUGUCUCUGGAGGUUAGCAGAAUUAAAAAGCAAGUCAGUCCAGCAGAGUCUGUUGCUGACUUCAAGCCUCCCCCGGAGUACCAGCUGACUUCUACGGAACUCAAACAAAUCAUGGAUCAAAGCACAUCGGGCGGAGACCUGGCUUGCCGGUUGCUGGUGCAGCUCUUCCCAGAGCUCUUCAGUGACGAUGAGUUUGGCAGGAGCUGCAGUGCAUGUGGCUUUCUCAACAAAAGGAAACUUGAAUCUCUUCAUCUGCAGCUUAUUCGUAACUAUGUGGAAGUUUGUUAUCCUUCUGUGAAGAAUACAGCUGUGUGGCAGUUGGAGUGUUUGCCUCAAGUCAAUGAUUUUUUCAAUAGAUUUUGGGCUCAAAGGGAAAUGGAAAACAGUCAGCAGAAUGUGCAAUCAUCCAGUUUUUAUGAGACUGAGCAGGUCGAAUCCUCUCAUUUUAUGGAGGAUAAAGAGCAGGAAGAAGCUUUGUCCUUGGACAGGAGUAAUGUCAUUGCCUCAGAUUACAUGCUGGAUGCUCAGGAUCUCAAUGAAUUUUUAGAUGAAGCUUCUUCACCAGGAGAGUUUUCUGUUUUUUUGUUACACAGACUGUUUCCAGAACUCUUUGACCACAGAAAAUUAGCUGAAAGGUACAGCUGCUUUGGAGACUCUGGAAAACAACUGCUGGAUCCUCAUCGGCUUCAAAUAAUCCGUAGGUACACUGAAAUUUACUUUCCGGACGUGCAAGAAGAGGAAGCCUGGUUGCAGCAGUGUGUUCAGCGAAUAAAUGAUGAGCUUGAAAGUACGUAUAUGGAUGGAAGUGAAUGUGACCAGAUGAGAGAUGACUGUUACGAUUCUUCUAGUUUACCAGAUGAUGUAUCAAUCAUAAAAGUGGAAGACAGUUUUGAAUAUGAAAAGCCUGGCAGACGGUCCAAAAAAAUUUGGCUUGUACCCAUAGAUUUUGACAAACUUGACUUUCCCCCUCCUGAUUUUGAUGUCCCUGUCCCAGAUUACCUGUUGAACAAGGAACAGAUUAAAAGCAUAUAUGAAAGCAGUCUUUCCAUAGGCAACUUUGCUUCCCGAUUGCUUGUUCUCUUAUUUCCUGAACUAUUUACUCAUGAAAACUUACGGAAGCAAUACAACUGUAGUGGAUCUUUAGGCAAGAAACAGCUUGACCCCACUAGAAUUAAAUUAAUUCGACAUUAUGUGCAGAUACUGUACCCCAGAGCGAAGAAUGACAGAGUGUGGACAUUAGAGUUUGUUGGGAAGCUUGACGAGAGGUGUCGACGAAGAGACACGGAGCAAAGGCGCUCAUACCAACAGCAACGGAAAAUCCAUGUGCCAGGGCCCGACAGGAGGGAAUUUCUCACCUAUGCAAUAAACCCUGAGAGAUUUCGGGAAGAAUUUGAAGGGCCGCCACUGCCACCGGAAAGAAGCAGCAAGGAUUUUUGCAAGAUACCACUUGAUGAACUUGUUGUUCCUAAUCCAGACUUCCCUGUGCCUUCUCUGUAUUUGCUGUCUGACAAGGAGAUAAGAGAGAUAGUGCAGCAGAGCCUGUCUGUCGGCAACUUUGCUGCCAGGCUUCUUGUAAGACUCUUCCCUGAACUCUUUACUCCGGAGAAUCUGAGACUGCAGUACAACCAUUCAGGUGCUUGUAAUAAAAAACAGCUUGAUCCCAUCAGACUGAGACUGAUCCGUCAUUACGUGGAGGCAGUUUAUCCUGUGGAGAAAAUGGAAGAGGUGUGGCAUUAUGAAUGUAUACCGAGCAUCGAUGAAAGGUGCCGGCGUCCUAACAGAAAAAAGUGUGAUAUACUGAAAAAAGCUAAGAAAGCAAAAAAAGUGACAGGCUCUUUAAACUGCUAAGACUUUGACCACUAAAUUAUUGUCAAGAGUAUGCUUUGGUUUAGACUGAAGGGCCUAUUGGGAGCUGAGGGUUCUCAGCACCUGGGACAGUCAGGCACUAAAUUUGUUGCGUUUCAGUGUGUGUGUUGCAUUUCUGUUGGCACCGCAGCAGUGGGAAGUGGCUGACUACAUUUGUACAUGGGUAAAGACCAUCAGUGACAGCUAUCAAUGACUCGCUAAGAGCGUGAUAUUCACUGGUGCAAAUACAUGUAUUGAAACUAUUGCUCCACUCCCCAUUUCUGCAUCUUCCUUUUCUAUCACUUUCUGAUAAUAAAAAUUUUUUUUAUGGUUGUGCUCUUCAAGAGCAGUUUUACAUUAUACCAUUAUAAACAGUAUUUUUAAUUAAUUCAGAUUUUCAAAUGUGUAGACUAAUUUAAAUUUGAAUGUGCCAUUUUCAUUGGAAAUCAUUGGAAUAUUAGAAUUUGCUUUUACAGUAACUUCAGCUUCACACUUGUUUUGUUCUUCAUGAUAUUGAGGUACUGAAAGUUAUAAUACUGUGUCAAAGAGUGGGUCAGAAUGGUGUCAUUUGCAUUUUUGACUGUUACAUUGGUUUUAUUUCUAAAAUCAAGAAUUUCUGUUGAAGAAUUGAGACAUGAGCAUAGACACCGUGGGAAUGGGUUUUUUUUUUUUUGCACUGACACCACAAUGUGUGUGCUGUCAAUGCAAAAAAUAAUAACUCACUCACCCCCGUGAGUUCUGUUAUUGUUUUGUCCAGUGUAACUGCUGGAGUGUCUGAGGAUUGCUUGUCUUGGGUAAAGCCACCAAAACAGAUCCAAGCCUAUACCCAUGGAAUAUCUUCCCAUCAUCUGCUUGCCACCCUGUUUGUAAUAGCAAAAAAAUAGCAGAAGCAACAGCAACAUCAAAAAGACCUGAAACAAAGACUAAAAAAAAUUUUAGACCUUAGUUUCUAUCAAAAUCAUGAUUCCAAAGGUUUCCAGUGUUGAUAUUGAAUUGCAUAUAUAAAAAGUAUGUGCAAAGAUUGGUUGUGUGGUGAAAUCCAGUGUUUCAGGGUCCCAGCAUAUGAGCUGUGGCAAUGUAACUUACUCUUUCCAUGAGUGCAACAGCAUCUGAAUAUUUGGGUGUAGGGAUACGGAACUCCCUCACUUUGCCAAAUUGUUUUAGUGUAAUUAGUAGCUAUUUGGAGACAUAACUGUGUAUGUAUAACUUAGGUUCAUAUGGUCAAGUUUGCAUCAUUAAUAUCCUCAAAUGUAGCAAAGAUCAUCCAGAACCCAACAUGAAUUUGCUGUAUGACUUGUCACUGGAGAGUGCUGCUUUAAAACUAGUUUUCUCUUAAAAAAAAAAAAAAAACUGAUAGAAAUGGUGAGAGAGAGUCAGUAAAGACAGUGGUUGCCUACAGAGCAUCACUGGAACACCUUGGAGCAAUUGUUGAUGUUCUCUGUGGUCCUUUUCUGUUGUUUACUUAGAUGGGUCAUAGCAAAUUUUAAGUCAGUUCCAAUGUAAUUUUCUAUUUUAGCAUUUUUAAGGAAGUACAAAAUAUUUGAUAUUUUUACUUCAGAUUUUUAGAAUAUAUUGUUCGUAGACUCAUAUUGAUCCCUUUGAAAGGAAAACAAAAUGGUUUUUCCUGAUGGCAAGAACUAGUAAACGUAUUGUGUUAAACUGGGAGUAAAUCAUAGUUAGUAGCAUUUGCUCAUUUUACCCAUAUGCUAGAAACAUUCUCAGAGAAUGUAUGAAAAAAAGUCAUGAAUGUACUUAACGACACAUUGAUACUGUUUAUAUCCAUUUAAAUGUUUCCUGUUGGUUUAAUUAAUAGCAGACCAUACUCAAAAUGGAUAUCAGAGCAAAUACGGCUAUAAUAAAUUGAAAUCAUUUUACCAAAGAUAAAGAACUGAUACCACAGUGUCUGCAUGUGUUCAUUUUAGUGCAUAAAUUUGUAAAAUUGAAUGUAUCAGAAACCAAGAUUCUCUUGUCAUUGUAUGCUACCUAGAAACUCUGUGAAUUUUUUUUACAUGCACUUUUAUAGGAUAUAUAAAAUAACAGAAGAUCUUAA